CUUUACAUUUAAAUAAUGCUUAAUUUUGAUUGUAUUUGCCGUACCUGUUCAUUACAGGGUGAAUUACAAUCCCUUUUCGUUGAAGAUUUGCUAAAUCCCGCUGAAAUGUUAACCCAAAUAGUAGACAUUAAGGUGAUAAAAGGCGAUGAAUAUCCACAAAAUAUUUGUACGAGAUGCUUGGAUACUUUAAGAUCUGCUUAUAUAUUCAAGAGUCAAUGUUUAGAUGCAUUUAAAAAAUUUGAGCAAUAUUUAUCACUUAAUUCAGAAAUCAAUUUAGAUUGUAAAGAAGAACCGGUUGAUACCGUUUUUGUAAAAGAAGAAAAACAAUCAGAUCAUUCAGAAAUUGAUGAUAAUUGGUUCGAAUUAAGUAAUGAAUUAGAAAGUAUUCCAGAGACAAACUCUUACGACUGUGAAAAGUGCGAUGAGAGAUUUGAGAAUCAAAAAAAUUAUGAAAAGCAUUUAAAAACCCAUAAACAGUUGUAUAUUUGUCCCAUUUGUGGCGAAGAAAAAUCAAGUAAAACUCGCUUAAAACAGCACAGCUUUAAACAUUCAGACGAAAAACCUUAUAAAUGUGAAAAAUGUAACACGCAGUUCAAACAUCCACACAAUUACAGAAAACAUCUCAUAAAGCAUGAAGAAUCACACAUUCGCUCAAUUAGUGAUAACCAGUUUUCAAGUAAGAAACAUUUAGAAAAACAUAGCAUUGAACAUAAUAAUGAAAAACUACUCACCGGCGAACAUUGUGAAAAAUCCUUCAACCAAUGUCCCGUUAAGUUAAAAAAUAUCAAUAAUGAGUUGUUAAAUUCAAAUGUAACGGUCGAAAAAGUUUUGCCAAAAAUUAGAUCCACGAGAAAAUAUCUAUGCGAUUACUGUGGUCGUGCGUACACUGAGGCUACGAGAUUAAAUGCUCAUAUACGAACUCAUACCGGUGAAAAACCUUUUUCAUGUACUGAAUGUAAUCAAUUUUUCACAGCUAAAAGAUAUUUGUACGAUCAUAUACGAAUACGUCAUUCGAAUAAAAGACCCUAUAAAUGCAAUUUUUGUGAAAAAAGUUUUGGUAAAUCGCACUGGCUACAACAACAUGUAAGGAUACACAUGAAUGCUAAACCAUUUGAAUGUGAUAUUUGUAAUCAAAAAUUUCGAGUAAAACAUCAUUUAACUCAACAUCAAUUAGUACACACCGGUGAAAAACCAUUUUCGUGCGGUGUUUGUGAUAAGCAAUUUACACAAAAAGGUAAUUUACGGUCGCACAUGAGAACACAUACGGGGGAAAAACCGUAGGUUAUUUGUUAAGUUUUUCAUGAUUCGAGUAGUUUGAAAAAUCAUCAGACAAUGCAUGUUAUACA